GUAGAAGUCAAGGGUAUGAGAAACUCAGAUGCAAAGAAGUUCAUGCUGCAUGGAAUCACCGGUUCUGUAAAUCCAGGAGAGGUUCUUGCCCUCAUGGGACCGUCAGGAGGUGGGAAAACAACUCUACUUAAUCUUCUCAGUGGAAGAGUUAAAUUUAAUAGUGGUGCAAUCACUUACAAUGACCAACCCUAUAACAAGUCACUAAAGCGGAGGAUUGGUUUUGUGCUGCAAGAUGACUUUGCAUUUCCCCAUCUCACAGUCAAGGAAACUUUAACAUAUGCUGCUUUGCUCCGCCUUCCCAGCACAUUAACCCGAGAACAGAAAAAGGACAGAGCCAAGAAUGUCAUUAGUGAUCUUGGCCUUGAAAGGUGCCAAAAUACAAUAAUUGGUGGUGCAUUCUUGAGAGGGAUUUCUGGUGGUGAGAGAAAAAGGGUCUGCAUUGGCAAUGAGAUCCUCCUCAAUCCAGAUCUUCUGUUUCUAGACGAACCGACAUCUGGUUUGGAUUCAACCACUGCGCUUCGAAUUGUUCAGAUGCUGCAAAACAUUGCAGGGGCUGGAAAGACUGUGGUGACUACGAUUCAUCAGCCAUCAAGUAGGCUGUUCAGUAAGUUUGACAAGUUGAUUCUCUUGGGUAAAGGAAGCUCCUUGUAUUUUGGAAAAGCCUCAGAAGCAAUGCCAUAUUUCUCUUCUAUUGGUUGUUCUCCACUUAUAGCAAUGAACCCAGCUGAAUUUCUCAUCGACCUUGCAAAUGGAAACAUAAACGACAAGUCUGUUCCAAUGGAAUUGGGAGAUAAUGUCUUACCCAGAUGUAAAAAUUUUAAAAUUAAAAAUGAAGGGCCCUCCCCAGUGGAUGUUCAUGAGUAUCUUGUUGGGGCUCAUGAAGCAAGAGUAGCAAAUGAGGAAAAAAUGCAGCUCCUGAAACCCAUGCUGAAGCAGGGUGUGCACAAGCUGCAGGGAAGAUCAAAUUCAAGGGAAUGGGGAGCAAGCUGGUGGGAACAGGUUUCAAUUCUUUUUAGAAGGGGGCUCAAGGUUAGGUGCCAUGAAUACUUGAGCGGUAUUCGUAUAAUCCAAGUUAUAUCCACUGCUAUAAUUAUUGGAUUGCUUUGGUGGCAUUCCGAUGCUUCCUCUCCCAAGCGACUCCACGAUCAGGCAUCACUGCUUUUUUUCAUUUCAGUAUUUUGGGGUUUCUUGCCCCUUUUUACAGCCAUUUUUACAUUCCCCCAAGAAAGGGCUAUACUAGCUAAAGAGCAAUCGGUGGACAUGUACAAGCUCAGUGCAUAUUUUAUUGCCAGAAAUGCAAGUGACCUUCUUUUGGAUCUCAUACUGCCUGUCAUGUUCCUGGUGGUAGUAUAUUUCAUGGUAGGCCUGAAACCAAGCUUCACCGCAUUUUUUCUCUGUAUGCUUACCAUUUUUCUUAGCAUCGCGGCAGCUCAGGGCCUAGGACUCGCCAUAGGUGCAGCAUUCAUGGAUGUGAAGAAAGCAACAACACUGGCAUCUGUUACAGUGAUGACAUUCAUGUUAUCUGGCGGAUUUUUUAUCCAGAAUGUUCCGUCCUUCAUGUCAUGGAUUCGCUAUCUCUCUUUCAAUCACCACACGUACCGACUGCUCCUAGAGAUUCAGUAUGGAUGCUCAAGUUUUGGCUCCGCGGCAGGCUCUUGUGAGUCUGACUUCACCAAGGGACAGAGACAUGGCUGGGGUGGAAUGGAAGUGGGAGCCAUGAUGGUGAUGAUUCUUGGGUAUCGAGCAAUGGCCUACUUCUUCCUUAGGAGAAUGAAAACAAGGGCAAUGAUAUAGGCCACAUGUUGCACUCAUCAUGUGCUAUAAUUUCAUCAAGAUGCCUCUUGUUUAACUAGCUAGGUGAAUAAAUAUUACUGAGAGAAGAAGUUAUUAGUUCUUUCAUGUUGGUUUGCUUGGAACUGAAGAAGAGUCUUCGUUACUGUUUCAUUUGCAUAUUUGAGUUCAUCAUCCGUGCAGCUUGAGAUGGGAUAUAUUGAACAUGUUUAG